AAGCUGAAUGAAGAAGUAUUUAUAUACGUGGAAGAAAUAUGGCUGAAAUUUAGAAUGAUUUGAAUGAAAUGUAUUUUGAACGAAUCACUUUUCUCCUUUUUCUUUACAUUUAGACAUUUUUUCUUUAUUAUAUGCAAAUAGAAGAAUCAUUAGAAUUUGAUUGAAUGAGCGCAAUUAAAAAACAAGAAAUAUGCAAAAAUUUAGACGAGCUCAAGCAGAAAAUAAAAUAGCAAUUAAUAAGCAUUUAGAAGCUAAUGCCUAUUUAGAAUCAUCCAGCGAGGAUGAGGAUGAUAGAAAUGAAGAAGAUAUGCAAAAUGUGGUUGAAAAGGUGCUAUCCGCUUAUCAAGGAAGAGAGGCAGAUUCAGAAAAAAUUUUAUCAUAUUUAAUUAAUAUUUUUCAAUCUGGUAGUGCUGUUUGCUUGAUAUGUAUUUCAACUAUAAAGAAAGCAGAUGCGAUUUGGAACUGCAAUAAAUGUUAUGCAUUUUUACAUUUAUCAUGCAUUUUGCAUUGGAUACGGGAUAGUUUAAAUGUUAAACAUGAAAAAGGUAUCGCACCAGUAUGGGCAUGUCCAAAAUGUCGCACAGAAUACGAACAAGACGAAGUUCCUCGUAAUUAUAAAUGUUUCUGUAAAAAAGUCGUGGAUCCUUCUUAUUAUCCAUGGAAUAUUCCACAUUCUUGUGGAGAAACUUGUGGAAAAGCUUUGCAACCGGAGUGCGGUCACAAAUGUGUAUUACUUUGUCAUCCAGGACCAUGUCCUCCUUGCGGAAAAACAAUAUCGAUAAGCUGUUAUUGCGGCAAACAAGUGCCACAGCCACGACGAUGCAAUGCAAAAGAAUGGAGCUGUGAUACCGUAUGCGAUAAAAAAUAUAAACUAUGCUCGCAUAGUUGCAAGCAAGUGUGUCACACAGGUGAAUGCCCUCCUUGUGGAGAAGCGUUAUUGAUAGAGUGUCAUUGCAAGAGUAAGAAAGAAAUGAAGCAAUGCUUUGAAGGCUCGUGGAUUUGCGACAUACCCUGUCGUAGAGCACUUUCAUGUAACGUUCAUAUUUGCCAAAGCACCUGCCAUUUACCUGGCGAUUGUGGAAAUUGUCCAUUAGAGAAGAAUAGGACUUGUCCUUGUGGAAAGAAACGAUAUGCGGUAUCUUGCGAACAAGAACAGGUACCAACGUGUGGAGACACGUGUGGAAAAUUAUUAGAGUGUGGCUCACAUUAUUGUAAUAUGAGAUGUCAUACAGAUAAAUGCGGUCAAUGUUUAGAGGUAGUGAGGAAAUCAUGCCGUUGUGGUAGUUAUCAAAAAGAAAUUGCAUGCGGUAAAGAAUUCCAUUGCAACAAGAAAUGCACGCAAAUGCGUCUAUGUGGAAGACAUUUAUGCAAUAAAAAAUGCUGUGACUGUUUAAUGAAAAACAUAUACAACGUAUGCGAAAAGAUAUGCGACAACGCUUUAAACUGCCGUAAGCACAAGUGUUCUGCACCUUGUCACAGCGGUCCUUGUUAUCCAUGCGAGAGAACCGAUAUUAUUCAAUGUAGAUGUGGUUAUAAUAAAAUAACAAUACCGUGUGGUACGAUGAAGAAAAUUAAACCACCGGCAUGUAAUAAACCAUGCAAGAUACCGCCGAUUUGUCAUCACCUUAAAAGGGAAACUCACAAAUGCCACCAAGGCCCUUGUCCACCUUGCAAAAAAAUUUGUGGUUUGAUAUAUAAAAGAUGCGGCCAUUCUUGCGUUGCUGUUUGUCAUACAAAAGUUUGGGUAAAAGUGAAUAAAAAUGACGUGAAAACGCAACCCACAGGUCCAUGGGAUAUACAGAAAGAAACUAUGCAGCUUAAAACACUACCCUGUCCGGCAUGUGAAGUAUCUGUACCGGUAACUUGUUUAGGAGGUCAUGAAAUACGUCCAUGGCCUUGUCAUGCAGCUAAACCUACUUCUUGUGGAAGACUUUGCGGAAGAAUAUUACCUUGUACCAAUCAUAGAUGCGAAUUAGAUUGCCAUAAAGUAGCAUCUUCUGAAGAUGCAAAGAAUAGCAUUCCAUGCAUGGAAUGUGAAAAGCCAUGCUUGUUUCCACGACCGCAAGGCUGCACGCAUUUAUGUCCAAAACCAUGUCAUCCAGCGCCUUGUAGUCCUUGCAAGCAAUUAGUCAAAAUUUCAUGCCAUUGUGGUAUAGGCACAUUAUAUCGAAGGUGUUCUGAAUUAACAUCAGCUACGAUCGAGCAACGUAAUGAACUACUUAAAUGUGGAAAUCAGUGUCCAAAAAAUUAUUCUUGUGGGCAUAGAUGCAUGAAUAAUUGUCAUCCUGGUCCAUGCACAAAUGAAAACGAAUGUAAUAAAAAAAUAAAAUUAUUCUGCUCGUGCAAACGUAUCAAGAAAGACUAUAUAUGUUCGAUGGUACAAAAGCAAGAAAUUUCUAUAAAAUGCGAUGAAAUUUGUAUUAAGUUGAAGAAUGAGAAGCGCCAAGCUGAAGCCGCAUUAUUAGAACAGAAACGACAAGUAGAGGAAAUGCGUAAUCAAGAAGAAAUCAAGAAAUUCGAACGAAAAUUCAAAUCUCGGCGUAAAGGAAAAGAUAAAUUUGAUAGGAAACAAUUCCAUGAAGAGACGUGUAAUAAUUAUAGAAAAUGCUGGAUUUUAACUAUUUUAAUAACUUUAAUAAGUAUUUUAAUAUAUUAUGUAGGUAUGGAGAAACUGUAAAUAGUUGAAAACAGUUAAAAACCAUGCAAACAAUAUUUUGUAAUUUUGAUUGUAGAAAAAGCAGGUUUUUUAGCUGAAUUGAAUAAAAUAAUUUUUAUUCUGUAAA